ACGGGCCGCGGGAGGUGGCGCUGGCGGCUCCCGGAGGCCCCAGUUCCCUUAGGACGGGGGCCAGGUGGACCUCACCUCUGGCUUCUCCAGCAUGCGUGGGCACCCGGGGGGCGGCUGCGGGCGCGGGGCCUAGGGAUGAUCUUCCCGGUCGCCCGCUGCGCGCUCCGCUGGCUGAAACGGCCGGGAGCCCGGACCCUGUCCCGCGCUGCCAUGGAGGUGGCCUUCCGAGGCGUGCGGAAAAUUCUCUGUGUGGCCGAGAAAAACGACGCGGCCAAGGGGAUCGCCGACCUGCUGUCCAACGGUCGCAUGAGGCGGAGGGAAGGAUUUUCAAAAUUCAACAAGGUCUAUGAAUUUGAUUAUCAUCUAUAUGGCCAGAAUGUUACCAUGAUAAUGACUUCAGUUUCUGGACAUUUGCUGGCCCAUGAUUUCCAGAUGCAGUUUCGCAAAUGGCAGAGCUGCAAUCCCCUUGUCCUCUUUGAAGCAGAAAUUGAAAAGUACUGCCCAGAGAAUUUUGUAGACAUCAAGAAAACUCUAGAACGAGAGACUCGGCAGUGCCAAGCCCUGGUGAUCUGGACCGACUGUGAUAGAGAAGGUGAAAAUAUCGGGUUUGAAAUUAUCCACGUAUGCAGGGCCGUGAAGCCCAGUCUGCCGGUGCUGAGAGCCCGUUUCUCUGAGAUCACCCCCCGAGCCGUCCGGGCGGCCUGUGAAAACCUGACCGAGCCCGAUCAGAGAGUGAGCGAUGCCGUGGACGUGAGGCAGGAGCUGGACCUGAGGAUUGGAGCUGCCUUCACGAGGUUCCAAACCCUGAGGCUUCAGAGGAUUUUUCCAGAAGUGUUGGCAGAGCAGCUGAUCAGUUACGGCAGCUGCCAGUUCCCGACCCUGGGGUUCGUGGUGGAGAGGUUCAAAGCCAUUCAGGCUUUUGUGCCAGAAAUCUUCCACAAAAUUAAAGUAACUCAUGACCACAAAGAUGGAGUAGUAGAUUUCAACUGGAAAAGGCAUCGUCUCUUUAACCACACAGCUUGUCUUGUCCUCUACCAGCUGUGCAUGGAGGAUCCCAGGGCAACCGUGGUGGAGGUCAGGUCUAAGGCAAAGAGCAAGUGGAGGCCUCAAGCGUUGGACACUGUGGUAUGUUCCAGAAGAGUGCGCCAGGUGCUCAGGAGCUCUGACUUCCCAUGGUACAUCAGCUAUCCUCGUACUGAAACAAACAUCUUCCCCAAAGACUUGAACCUGACCGUGCUGGUGGAACAGCAGACCCUGGAUCCACGCUGGGGGGCCUUCGCCCAGAGCAUUCUAGAGCGGGGUGGCCCCACUCCACGCAACGGGAACAAGUCUGACCAAGCUCACCCUCCCAUCCACCCCACCAAAUACACCGACAGCUUGCAGGGAGAUGAGCAGCGACUAUAUGAGUUCAUCGUGCGGCAUUUCCUGGCUUGCUGCUCCCAGGAUGCUCAGGGGCAGGAGACCACCGUGGAGAUCGACAUUGCGCAGGAACGCUUCGUGGCCCACGGCCUCAUGAUUUUGGCCCGAAACUAUCUGGACGUGUACCCGUAUGACCACUGGAGUGACAAGACCCUCCCUGUCUACGAGAGAGGCGCCUGCUUCCAGCCCAGCACUGUGGAGAUGGUGGACGGGGAGACCAGCCCACCCCAGCUGCUCACUGAAGCCGACCUCAUCGCCCUCAUGGAAAAGCACGGCAUUGGGACCGACGCCACUCACGCGGAGCACAUCGAGACAAUCAAAGCCCGGAUGUAUGUCGGGCUCACGGCAGACAAGCGGUUUCUCCCAGGGCAUCUGGGCAUGGGGCUCGUGGAAGGUUAUGACUCCAUGGGCUAUGAGAUGUCCAAGCCUGACCUCCGGGCCGAGCUGGAAGCUGACUUGAAGCUGAUCUGUGAAGGCAAGAAGGACAAGUGGGUGGUUCUAAGGCAGCAAGUCCAGAAAUACAAGCAGGUUUUCAUCGAAGCAGUGGCCAAAGCUAAGAAAUUGGAUGAGGCGUUAGCCCAGUACUUUGGGGAAGGGGCAGAGGUGGCCCAGCAAGAAGCCAUCUACCCGAGCAUGCCAGAGCCCAUCAAGAAGUGUCCACAGUGCAACAAGGACAUGGUCCUCAAGACCAAGAAGAAUGGCGGGUUCUACCUCAGCUGCACGGGCUUCCCAGAAUGCCGAUCGGCCGUGUGGUUCCCGGACUCUGUGCUGGAGGCCAGCAGGGACGGGAGUGUGUGUCCAGUGUGUCAGCCGCACCCUGUUUACAGGUUGAAGUUAAAGUUUAAACGUGGCAGCCUUCCCCCAACCAUGCCCCUGGAGUUUGUCGGCUGCAUCGGUGGAUGCGACGAGACGCUGCGGGAGAUCUUGGACCUGAGGUUCUCACGGGGGCCCCCCAGACCUUCCCAGCCAGCCAGUCAGCCCUCUAACUACCUGCAGGCUAGCCAGUCCCUGAAUAGAAUGGCCAGCGCCCCCCAGAUGCUGCCCCCAUCCGCCACCGCCGCCGCCACUGCCGCCGGGGGCAGCAACUCGGUGACCUGCAACUGCGGCCAGGAGGCCGUGCUGCUCACCGUGCGGAAGGAGGGCCCCAACCAGGGCCGCCAGUUCUAUAAGUGCAAUGGCAAUGGCUGCAGCUUCUUCCUGUGGGCCGACAGCAGCCCCUCGGCAGCCGGGGGGCUGCCCUCCUCCACGUCGAGACCCACUGGCGGCUUGCUGGGCCGUCCGCCUGCCACGGGGGACCGCCGGGGCGGGUCCGGCCGACCCGGAGAUGAGGAUGGCGGCGGGGGCAUGUCCUGCCUGUGCAGCCAGCCCGCUGUCACCCGCACCGUGCAGAAGGACGGGCCCAACAAGGGCCGCCAGUUCCACACGUGCGCCAAGCCCAGAGAGCAGCAGUGUGGCUUCUUCCAGUGGGUGGACGAGAACGUGGCCCCAGGGACUUUCGGAGCCCUGACCUGGCCAAGAGGCAAAGAAAUAACCCAGGGGCCAGAGGCCAGAAGCAAAAGAGCCCGGGCCAGUUCCACAGACACGGGGUCCAUGCCCAAGAAACCCCGGAAAUGCAGCCUUUGCCACCAGCCUGGACACACCCGUCCCUUCUGUCCCCAGAACAGAUGAGGCAGGGGAGGAGAGGGAGGACUGCUUCCUCAGACCUGCCCCUUUCUUCUCAGGAAUAAGCUGUUUUCACUAGGACCCACCCUACCCUGGAGGCCUUGAGGAAAGCGGUGGCUUUUGGAGCCUGGCCUAGCUGGGCUC